AUGACGGAACGUAAAGUUAUUAUAAAUGAACUUUUAACAUUUAUUCAAAAUAAAAUUGACGUGUUGGACGAAUUGAGUGUUCUUCAAAUAUGUGCCUCGAACUUCACAGACUUGGAAGUUGAAACUGCAAAAAUAGAAUUAUAUUCUACUUUGAGUUGUAGUCAACAUAUUAUACGGCGUAAGGGUGAUGACAAAAUAAAGAAAAAUAUAAAAGAUAUAAUAAAGGUGUUAAAGGAGACUGACCCUGACGACCAGCCAAUAUUUGUGGCUAGGGAUCUCAAUCGAUUACCUCCUAUUACAUUUGACUAUGUCGAUGUUACUCGACUAUUGAAAGACUUGACAUUUCUUAAAAAUGAAAUAAACUGUAUACGAACUGAAUGUAUCACGAAGUCCGAAUUGACCCAUUUUGAAACCUCAUUACGUAGUGAAUUGACUCAGUUGCGCCCUCGUGAUGUGGAUAUGUCAAAUACGAAUGAUAGUAAUAAAUUGACGCGUACAAUUCAUACGCAAAAAACAAAACGGCUCAGAGACAAAAUAACAAGUAAAGCAUCCCAACCAGCGUCACGAACCAUUACCGAAUCAGCGGAGUCCGCAGCGUCUUGUGCAGGACUUCGCGAACCCGACGACAACCUAUCUACAUCUAACCUCUCACUAGAAAUAGACUCAGUAGUAACUCCUACAUACAGAGACAUUGUGACGACGCAAUCAUUACCAAUGACAAAGAAACUGGACAAUCAAGGUAUAAAUAACGAAUUUCGUCUAGUCGAAUAUAAAAAACGUAAACACAAAACUAACAUGCGUGGAACUUUGACUAAUAAAGGACGAAUACAAGUGAUGCUUUCCCAGGCGUCUGUAUAUGUUUCUCGAACAAAAAAGACUGUAAAUGAAGCAGAUAUCAUAGCGCAUAUUCAGGAUAUGGGUGAGGAGUUCGUAUCCGUCGAACUGCUACAACAGAAUGUUGAAACGACAUUUAAUUCAUUUAAAGUGGUUGUUGCAGCCGACCGUUUGAAUAGAUUUUUGGACCCUAGUUUCUGGCCCACAGGAUUAGUGUUUCGUCGAUUUCGUGAACGUUUCACAAAGACGCCCACCGAACGUAGAAACAACAAUAAUUAA